CAUCAGACCAACCGGACCAGCCAGUAGCAGGCAUAUCAUCAGUGCAACAACGUGCACGACCCCUGGUACACACAUUGGCGACGGCAAUCUGCUCCUUUGAACUAAAUGCAAUAAUUUUGGGUGGUUGUGAUGUUGAUUCGACGACUGGAGUAGCAUCAACGACCAAGCAUUGUGGCACGGCAUACGGAGAGUAUCACAACUCAAACACACAAAAGUGAGGGUGAUUGUGUUUUAUGAGUACAAAUGUUCGUUCGGUCGGCUGAUUGGUAGUUCUGUUAUGAUUAUUCCUGGCAAAAGAGCACACAUUUUUGAUUGCGUGUUUUGAAUGUAGCCUGUCGCGUGUUGUCUUGUGAUAUUAGUCUUUGUUAGGCGGUCUUUGUGUCAACAACGUGUUGCUCGGCGUUUGCCUGUCAAGUCCUUGUUAGACACAUGUACACAAACAAAUCAACAAGAAAAUAAAUUAAAGGAGGAAAAAAUUCAAUAAAAAUUGUGGAAAAAAGUAUGUUAAUCUAAAGUGCAAAGUAAGAUAUAUAAAUUUGAAACCCGCAUAAAAAAAUGCAUAGUAAAUAUGUGUAGCAACAAAACUACUUUUUUAUAAAAAAAAUAUUGAAACAAGUAAUCUCUACAAUAAAUGUGUUUCGUAAAUUAUAUAUAUUUCCUAUUACUUGGAAAAUAAAUUUAAAAUUUAAAUUUGAACAAAUUACGUUUAAUUGCUCUCAAAGAAAAAAUUGUAAAAAAUAACAACCAUAAAUAUUUUAAAAAUAGUGCACACACACAUGUAUAUUUUUUAAUGCACAUUUAAUUGACCUGCAUUGUGUGGCAUACAACAUACCAAUAGCAAAAACAGUGCAACAACAAUAACAAAAAUACGUUGACAAAUGUUAUCCAAUUGAAUAAACCACAUGCAGUAGCAACAACAAUCAUUGCAGGAUAUACACAUAUAAAUAUAUAUAUAUAUAUAUAAUAAUAAUAAUUAACAUCAAGUGUUUUUGCUCAAAGUUAAAGCGAAAAAAAAAAAUUGAAAUACCAACGCAUACAUGUGUAGUUAAUUUAAAACGAAAUUUUUGCUUUACAACAAAGUAUUAAAAACUGGAUUUUUAAAGGAUUUAAGCUGCAAAUUAAAUAAUAUUAUUUGUAUCCUGCUAGAACCCCUUAACAAUUAAAACGUACUUGCAUACCAGUACCGAACUAUUACUUGACCGGACGCAAUUUCCUGAGUAGCAAAAUGUUAAAGCCGGAUUUCCAGUACAAAAUGACUCUGCCAUUUGUCCUAAUAUGUAUUCUGCUGUCAUGUAAUGCAGUUGAGGCUCGUUCGCGUGACAAGGAGAGUAGAAGACGGGCUGAUCGUCUUGCUGACUCAACUAUAACCAACUAUGCGCCGUCCUCCUCCUCCUCCGUCGUAAGUCAGUACAACGCAUACGGCUCAAGUUCUUUGUCCGGAGGUUCAGUUCCCUAUGCAGUGUCUUCGGUCACAUCUGCAUCAUCUAACUAUUACAACGGUCCCAUAGAUGAUACUGGUUUCUGUGUUCGACGACGAGACAUGAAGCUAAUGUGUUACUGUACACCCGAUGAGAAUCAUGUACCCGUUCAAAAAGCAGAAUGUUGGGUAUUCUCGGAAGGUCUAAUGCAAAACGAUACUACCUGGACACGUUUCUAUCAACAGACCCGACUGCGUGAACUUAAAUUUGUCAUACAAAAUCAUGGACGUUUGGACUAUAUUCCAACACACAUCUUGAAACCAUUGGAAAAUUUGACCAGUAUUACAAUUGAAUAUUCCCAGGUUGAGAUUGUAAGAAGUUAUGCAUUUGCCAAUUUGCAUCAAUUGGAACGUAUUGUUCUCACAAACAAUAUGAUUAUAGCCCUGGAUCAGGAAGCUUUUGCCAAUCACAUACGUUUGCGUGAUUUAAAUUUGGAACAUAAUCAAAUUUUCGAAAUCGAUCGCAAUGCCUUCCGUAAUUUGCCCCUGUGUGAACGCAUCAGUUUGAAUAACAAUAAUAUAACGAAUUUACAUGAUGGUCUCUUUUCGGAUUUGGUUCGCUUGAUACAUUUGAACUUGGCCUACAAUCAAAUCAGCACCCUAACUAGUAACAUAUUCAAGGGACUGGGUAAUUUGAAUGUUUUGAAGUUGACUCACAAUAAUAUUAACUUUAUCGGUGACACUGUAUUUGCCGAAUUAUGGAGCUUAACGGAACUGGAACUGGAUGACAAUAAAAUAGAGCGUAUUUCAGAACGCGCCCUCGAUGGCUUGAAUAAUUUGAAAACCUUAAAUUUGCGUAACAAUCUAUUGAAAAAAAUCGAUAACGGCCUAUUGCGUGGCACAACAGCUCUAUUGUCGUUCAAUGUACAAAGCAACAAAUUGGAAACAUUAACCUUCUACACAUUCCAACCAAUAAUGGACAAUUUGGUCAAUAGCAGCAGCGAAUUGUUACUAAAUGAUAACAAUUUUAUUUGUGAUUGUCGUUUGCAAUGGUUGUAUGAAUUGAAAAAUCGUACUCGUUUCCAGCAGUUGCGUGACUCCUUGGAAGAUUUCAUUUGUACCUUGCAGGAGCCGCGUCUACACAACUUCAUUGAGCCCGUGCCCAGCCAUGUCCUGCAACUGCUCAAUGUGGGAGGCUUAAGUGGAGCUAGCAGUUUGGAUCAGAAUGUGGCCACCGGCAGUGCGAACAAGAAACGACUAGGAAAAAAUCGUCAAGGGUCACAGCGAAGAGGCAACAAUAAAUUUGAUGGACACAUGCAAUUAAACGAGGAUGCAGAGCAGCAUAUGCAUAUGGAGAAUUCAGCCGCAUUGAAGAAGAAACGUGCUCUUUCCCUAUCCCAAUACAAGGGCACUGGCUCCGUUGAUUUCAGCGGCGCAAGUGAAGCCGGUAGCAAAACUACCGUAGAAAGUCAUUACAUCUUUGGCGGUCCGGACAGCAGUAGCAACGGUGAUCUGCAUAACGAUUACUUUGAGGCCGCAAAUGCUGGACGCGUUUCCACACAUCCAUUAAAAGUGGAAGAUGAUUUGGAAUUGUUGAAACACACUGCCCUAUUCCAACAAAACAAUGAAAUUCUAUCAGCCACCCACAACAAUCACUUGGAUGCGGUGGAAGUAUUGCCAAAACAGCCAUUGGGCAUUCAGGUGCGUCUCUUUUUGUUGAGAUCGGAUCGUUUGCCGUGUCACGAAGAGUUAAGCGAUCCCACAGAAUUACCGUUGUCGCGCGAUCUUAUGGAUGCACGUAGCAGUAAUGUUCAAGUUCUCGCGCCUGUCAAUGCUGCCGAAAAGGUAUUCCAUGUCCGUAGCAUCUUAUUGCUGAUAUUAGCCAUUGUCUAUGGAACACAAGUUGGUUAAAGAGUAUGGCUCUUUUGGGCACCAAUCCAAAAUUGAUGCUUUAGCGUAACCACAUUUUUCAACAGGGUUUACAAGUGGGGUUUAAAUAAAAAAAUAUAUAUUUUUUUGGGUAACUAUAACAGAAAAGAAAACCAAAAUAAGAAAUACAUAAAUUUUUACACUUAAAAUAACUGGUAAAACAUACAAUUAAGGAUUAUUCCAAGGACAUUGAAUUUUCUUAGUUUAAAUGAACAGUUCUCAAUUAGGAUACUAAUAACUGAAUGAGACAGAAAUAAACAAAAAAAAAUUAGAACAAUGUUGGCAUAUUUUUUCGGGAAACCAUAGUAUUUUGCUGUUGCAAAAUAGUUAGGUUUAAUCCCAUUAUUGUUAUUUUUAUAGAAACAAUAUCUGUUUAUUAGUGAGCAACGACCACGAUGGGGGUAAGGCAGGGAAUACCUAUGUUUCGGAUUCACUUCAGUUCUCUUUUAUUUUGUCUAGGAUAUUCUUCCCAGGAGUUAUUUUAAAUCCCAUUAUUGUUAUUUUUAAUCCCAUUAUUGUUAUUUUUAUAGAAACAAUAUCUGUUUAUUAGUGAGCAACGACCACGAUGGGGGUAAGGCAGGGAAUACCUAUGUUUCGGAUUCACUUCAGUUCUCUUUUAUUUUGUCUAGGAUAUUCUUCCCAGGAGUUAUUUUAAAACAAGAAAGCAGAGCCUAUGGUCGUGCGGGCCGACCAUGUGAUACCCUACAACACUACAAUACGUCAGAAGCCCUUUUAUAUCGAAAUCCAUUUUUGAAGGUUUCACUUUUGAAAUAAUGUCAUAGAGUACUGCCCAGAUAUUACCCUUAGCAUUUUUACCAGGGACAUUUGCCCAAUAUUUACGCACUUCGUCGUAUUUUUAGUUGUUGUAUUCCAUCUUACAGCUAAAUAUAAUCCAAUGGUUAUCCAAAAUGCUAGGAUUCUUCCCUGUCCUUAACUUUCUUCUCAGGCGAGUCGAUUGGAUUCAAUUGUGUGAUCAGGAAAUUUUUUCGGUUUUUGGUUCAUUUCAACCCCUAAAUAUAUUGCGGGCAUCUUUGAAAACAAUAUGCCAAGCCCUUCUGAGCAUAACCCUACUCUUGUGGGGAUCGGACGAUAAUUGCACACUGUAUAUAAUAACCCCAACAUGUGUUGUAAGGUGAAAAAAUAUUACAAAAUAUAUACUUCAAUAUUCAAAUUGAAAAAAUCGCAAGCGAUAAAAAAUAUGAAAAAAUAAAAGAAAAAUGUCACAAAAUCUAUAUAAACAUCAUUAUCGGCAUCUUUUUAUGCGAUUUUUUUAGAUUUUAUUUUUUGCCAAGAGGGUAUUCUGAAUUGGCAAAAUUUGUGAAAAUCGGUCCAUCCAUUCUUGAGAUAUAAGCCUUCUAGCUAACAUCUCCUUCCUUUGUAUAUACACAUUGUAUAUAUUUCGCUAUAUAUAUCCGAUAUAUUUACUAUAAUAAUCUACGUAACGGUCAGAAUUGACCUGUUCGGUUAUUUGUGAUUUCGCCGGAAUUAAAAAUAUUCGCGGUUUAAUGGAAAAUUUGACUUUUAUUUAACACAAAUAUUAUGGUCUAUUUCACCCACUAACUUCCGCCUCUAUAAUUGCGACCUGUAGAUCAACUGCAAAUUUAGGAAAUGUUGUAGUUUUUAGUCCAUUUCAAUAUUAUGCGAUUAUCACCAAAAGCAACAGACUUCUAUUCUGGCCAUAACCACACCUAUAUUCUAAAUUUGGUGGAGAUCUGGACAUAAUUGCGACCUGUAGAGUGAUUACAAAUUAAGAUGGACAGACAGACAGCCGGACGGGUAUACAUAGCUAGAUCGACUCAGCUUUUUUCACCCAAGUGACGACAUCGUAAGCUCAAUAGAAGAGAAUUAAAGAAUUAAAUUAAACUAAAAUUCUUUUGGAAAAACUUCUAAAUCUUAUCAUCACACUUCUAAACAUUUUUAUGUCUCCCCACUUGUUAUGCUUUCGUUAAAAUAACUCCUGGGGGAGAAUAUCCCAGACAAAAAAGGGAAAUGACGAGGAUUUGUGGCUCUUUCCAAAAACUAGGUAUUAUCUUACCUUACCCCAUCGUUGUCGUUGUCCACUAAUAAACAAAUGUUAUUUUUAUAAAAAACAACAAUUAUGGGAUUAAGCCUAACUAUUUUGCAAGACCAUUUUUUUUUAAAUUAAAACAAUUUGAAACUAUUGUCAAAUGUGCAUCACCUUCAAUGCUGAAAAUUGAAAAAUAAAACUGAACACUAUAUAACGACUGACAUUUGUAUUGGAUGAUAAUAUUUCUAUGAUUUCAAAAAAAUCCUGUGCAAAUAAAUAUACAAAACAGUUUCACGUAGGAAUAUUUGAAAAUAUCAAAGCGAACAAUUUUCCUUUUAACAAACGCAUUAGUCGAGGUUGUGGUUUUUUUUUUUGGAUUUUGUCUCCUUUGGUUUCUUAAAACAAAUAACAAAUUAAAAAUAUUUACUACUGUCCACAUUUACACGGAAUAAUCCAUGUAUUAAGAAAAAACAAAAUAAGAAGUAAACUAAAAACUAAAUAGUUUGUUUUUUAAAUUCACCCUGUGUUCUUAUUGUAUUGUACAAGAAUUUUGUGUUGUGCUUUUUUCUAUAUAGUUGUAAAAAUAAAUAAAGAAUACAUAAAAAAUAUAAUAAUAAUAAAAUGAUGAGAACGAUACGAAUGAAUCUAAUUAAGGAGUGAAUAAGUAAACAUAGAUUUAAUUAAAAACAAAAAGAAAUAAAACACUAACAUAAGUUCGAUCUUUUCUUUUUUUACAAAAUUUCUAUUCAAACUAUUUUAUAUAAUAAUUUUAUAUUUAUCAAUUAAAGCAUAAGUUAGUUCAUAGAUUUACAUUACAAAGAAAAUGUAAUGAGUACCGCUUACAUGCUUGCAUUCUAUAACGUCGAGAGAAAAAACAAAACAAAACAAAAAAUGAGAUUAAAAUAAUAUUAUUUGUUUUCGAUUUUAAAAAUAAUUCUUCUUUUGUAAGAGAAAACCAAUGCCGAUGCAGUCCACUAAUUUUAGUUUUUAAAUAAGUCCUAGUUUACAUUUUUUAAUAAUAAAUAUAAUAAAAACAAAAAACAAAAAUAAUUCAAUGUAAUUGUAAAUACACUGAUGAACGUCAUAAAUAAAAACUGAGUAACAAAAAAACUUGUCAAAAUUUUGCAUUCAUUUCUGCUGCGUAAAUUACAAAAAACGAUUUGGCCUUGCUUUUACGAAUUCAUCGGUGGUAUUGUCUAAGUUAAAACAAUGGAACAAUACUUACAUGGAAAUAAUUCUAAAAUACCAGUGAUUCAAUAUGUCUACUGUUUAU